UCCACAAAAACAGGUAUUUACAGGGUAUUUAAGUUUUCGUUGUUGAUUUUCUAACCUUUCUUGUUUUUGUUUCAGGUAAUUUUCUGUGGCUGCUGCCGCUGCUGCUGCUUUUUUGUGAGUUUCUUGAAAGCAAAAAUUAAAAAACCCCACAGCUGAGUGAAGGAGACAGUCGGACUGCGUCAGAAUGAGACAGAGCUAGGUGGAGCAGAAGAAAAAUCUACAUGCGGUCCUCUAACUGUAAAGCACUUGGUCAGCAGCAGCAGCAACAAGUGGAACGCACAGCAACAACAACAGCAGCAGUAUUUGAGGCAGCAGCAAUAUCGUCAAGCGUAACUGUUGCAUAAACAACAAACGACAGAUAUAGAGAGAACCAGAUACUUUGGGGAUACAGGUGGCGAUAAAGAUACCGAAAUCUGAUAUAUAAAUGCUGUAGAACGAUGGCAACAGCAACAGUAACAGCAACAGCAACAGGUAGUGCCACAAGCAAUAUCGCUCGACCGAUGCGCGGUAUUUCCAUAAUCAUUGAAUCUGCAACAGCAACAUCAGAAACAGCUGCAACAACACCAACAACAACACCAACAACAACACCAACACUACCAAGUAUAAGCAACAGCAAUGCUGAAAUGUCGCUCAAGUCUCAGGCUGGCAUGUUGCUGGCAUUUGGCGACAGCAACAGUAACACCAAUAGCAAUACAACCAAAGAUAAUUUGGAAACUAGUUGCAACAUCGAAUCGCCAAGAGCAACAUCAGUAGCAGCGACAGCAACAGCAACAGCCACAGCCCCAGCAACAGCCACAGCAACUAAAAUCUAUCCCCAGUUGUUGCUACGGAUCGGUCAGUCAAAUGAUAAUGGAGAAAAUGCAACAGCAACUGCAACAACAGAAGCAGCAUCAGUAGCCACACCAGCAGCUGCAACAACUAUUAUCAGCUGCAAUGUAUUACCAGCUGACUCUGUUGAUGUUGCAGCCGCGAGAGAAAUUUCCAGCGGCGACAUUGCAGUUGCAGCAUCGACGGCAGCAACAUCGCCGGAUCACACGGUCAAAAUUCAAAUCGAGAGCCAAAACCAAAGUCAUCCACGGAAUCUUGGCAAGCAGAUAAGUGUCGUCAAGUUGAAUGACUCCGAGGCAAUGAUUUACCAGCAACAUCAGGAGAAGCAGCAGCAACAACAUCAGCAGCAUCAUGAGGAAGAUCAACAGCAUCAGCAACAACAACAUGAUAGUGCCGUUCAACAGCAACAUUUAUGCUUUUUGGUAUCCAGCGGACAAUAUUCGCCCUGUGAGACACUGGAUAGUGGCACUGGCUCCGAUCUGGAGAGCGUCAAGUCCCCAGAAUCGGGCAGUCAAGUGCCGAAAUUGGAGUUGCAUUUGAAAAACACACGACUGAAGGUUGUCGAUCAGUCGGAAAAAUCGCCAUCGAGAGCAUACAGCCUCACCGAUAGCGAAGAAUUGCAGGAAUACGAGAGCAGCAGUUCGUCCCUCAGUUGCGAUUCGUUGCAUUCUACAAAUUCGAAUAAUAAUACUCAUCAGGAAAUCCCCGAAAUUCAAGAGAUUCAAGAAAUUCGUGACACAAUUGCCACCAAAAUCGAUGGAAGACCUUUGCAAUACGAGGCGGAUAGAUUUUAUAAUUUCCAUGUGAAUGAACAUGACAAUUUCCGUAGUUUUGGUUCAUCGAGUUCAUCGGCUUCAUCAUCGCCGGAAUAUGAGUCAUCUGGUGGCUUUCCGGAUGUGCAGGAUACGCAGCAGGAUGCCUUUGUGGGCUACGGAGGAAAAGCGCCAGGAAACUCGACUAUACGAUCUGCCAAGGGAACGGUGAGGGGCGUCAAGAAUCGUGUGCGCAAUGGAGUAGCCACCUUCUUGCAACUGCAACAGCCCAAUGUCAAGAACUAUUUGGAAAAAGAUAUGGGAAAAGUAGUUUUGUAUACAACCAGUAUGGGAAUUAUCCGAGACACUUAUGCCAAGUGUGCCAAUGUCAAGCAAAUACUGAGAACUCUGCUAAUUAAAUUCGAAGAAAGAGACGUCUUUAUGAGUGUAGAAUAUCAACAGGAAAUGAGGGAAAGAAUGCACGAUGAGACCAUUAGAGUGCCCCAACUCUUUGUCGAGGGUCAGCAUUUGGGGGAUGCCGAUGUUGUGGAGCGGUUGAAUGAAAGUGGAGAAUUGCGACAGCUGCUGAAGCCUUAUAAGUCAAUUGCCACGGCGUAUACGUGCCAGACCUGCGGAGGAUAUAGACUACUGCCGUGUCCUUCCUGCAGCGGAUCAAAGAAGUCAGUGCAUCGGAAUCACUUUACGGCGGAAUUUGUGGCCCUCAAGUGCAUGAAUUGCGAUGAAGUUGGUCUCGUCAAAUGCCCGAAUUGCUGAGGGCUAGUCUACAAAAACAAAAAAACCAGAAAAAACCAUAGUCCCUCAGUGUCUUCCACGAAAAAACCCCAACCUCACCAUAUAAUAUUUGUAAUUGUAGUGUGUGUUUUUUUUUUAAUAUCUAUAUUGAAAUGACUUUUUUUUGUGCGCAAUUUUUGUAGUCGCUAUUUAACAGUUGUGAUAUUUGAGAGCAGUUUUUGGGCCGGAAGUGGAGGCUCGUAGAAGUGCAACGAAACGGAAAAGAAUUGGAAUGGAACAGAAGUUACCAUAAGAACGAAAUAUAACAGACACAAAAAAUAAAUAAAACUAUAUCAUUAUGUGAAUCGAAGAGAUAUCCAAUAAAAACUAUAAAUAAUUAACUCA